AUGGCCAUGCAGGCCUUUCAUCUCAGUGCUCUGGAGGUGUCCCGGAGCCGGCAAGGAUCGGGGCACAGGUGGAAAUCCGAGUUUAAUGAGUGUUUGGCUAACUAUGGAGAGAGCGCUUUUCUAGGGUCAGGCCCUCAGGUGGCUGGCUACGCUCGCUCGCGGGUCUCCAGGCUCCGGAUCAAGAGUGUCUUGGAGAAGCCCCUGGCGCAGGUCCCCGCCCCCGGCUCUCAGUCCCCACCCCUGCGCCUCCGGGGGCGCCCCAUCGCGGGAGGGUGGUCCGCCUCCCCCCGGCCGCCCAGGGCAGAGAGGCGGCCAGAACCUCCACCUCUUCCCCGUUUCCGCCGCAGGCAGCGCUCGCCGGCCAGGGCCACCGGGAGGCGCGGCCGUCCCUCCGCCCGCGCGCCGGGGGCCGGCCCUGCCGCCUGCGCCUUUUUCCCCGCGCACACGGCGGCGGCGCGCGGCCACUCGCCAACCGCAGGCAGCGCGGUGGCUGCAGCGCCCUGCGCUCGGAAGAUGGUCCCCGCGGCCGGACAGCUCGCUCUGCUAGCGCUGGGUAUCGUGUCAGCUGUGUGCCAGGCUCUGGAAAACAGCACGUCCAUCCUGAGCGACUCACCCGUGGCAGCUGCAGUGGUGUCUCAUUUCAACAAGUGCCCAGAUUCGCACACUCAGUUCUGCUUCCAUGGAACCUGCAGGUUUUUGGUGCAGGAGGAGAAGCCAGCAUGUGUGUAA